GCUCUCGACAACUAGAACGAGCAGACGUUUCUUGCGACUCGGUUCGAACUGAUUGCGAAGUAACUCCCGAAUUUGUCUCGUUUAAUAGAGGAUCCUUUGAAAAGAAGAACAAUUGAUCUUCAUGGAAUUCGUAACGUCACUUUUAAACGAAAAGAAAAUGACUAAGUACCCACCGCCGUGCAAAAUCGUGGACAAGGUAGUGAUCGGCGAAGAAGCGCCGGUUUACCGGGAAUGCGUCGGUAUCGGCGAGUUGAUUUACGAGCAGCUGUCCGGUAGUCCGGAGAUAAUCGGCCAGAUAGACGCGGUUGACGACAGACGUGCGACAUUCGCCGACAUCAAGGACCGAAGCGUCCGGUGUGCACUAUGGCUGAAGAGUCGAGGUGUUCAACCCGGAGAUGUAGUUGCUGUUUCUACCCACAACCACCUCGACUCCAUUAUGCCCUUACUCGGAUGCCUCUACAUCGGCGCGCUCUUCUAUCCCAUGCAUUUCAAACUGAACAUCCACGACAGCCGGUAUUUCCUUUCUCUGGCGAAGCCGAAAAUUAUUUUCGCGAAUGUCGACAUGGCGGACACCCUGGUGCAAGCUGCGACGGAGGAAGACCUGAAGAUCGAACUGGUGAUUUUUGGCGAAGCAUUCGGCUAUGAGAGCUUCAGCAAAAUCAUCAGUGAUCAGGAUGCCGAGGCGGUCGAUAACUUCCGUUGCAGACCGAUCACCAGCCCGAACGAGAUCGGGUUGAUCGUCUGCUCGUCCGGCAGUACUGGGCCGUGCAAAGCAACGAUGCUCUCGCAUUUUGCGCUGAUCAAUAACAUGCUGCACGACAACUCCUUCGCCGGGAAAGACGACAAGGUGGUAAUGUGGUUUAGCAGCUUCCGUUGGAUUUCCGGUGCGGUGCUGCCGCUCCGGUCGAUUUAUUUCCGCAAGACGUGGAUCAUUUAUCCGGAAUACAAGGAGGAAUUGGUGUGCCAGUUGAUUGAGAAGUAUAACGUAGCAUGGAUAUUAUUGCAAUCUGCGCUGACUGUGGGAGUGUUAAAAAACGGAUUUUUCCACAAGUAUCAAUUGCCCUCGCUGAAAAAAUUAAUUAUAGGCGGCGCAUUCAUGAGACCACAGUUGCACGAGGCAGUGAUCAAGGCCUUACCGCAGACAGAAGUCUUAUUCACUUACGGCACGAGUGAGGUCGGCGGAGUUUGCACUCUCCAAAGACAGGGUGAUAAGAUAGGCUCCAGCGGCUACGUGCUGAGAAACGGCCGAUUGAAAGUGAUCGCUGUUGAUACCGAACGACCUCUGGGCCCCUAUGAAGUUGGCGAACUGCUGUGGAAGUCGCCGUACACAAUGACAGGAUAUUACAAUAAUCCUCAAGCCUCGAGAGAAACUUUGGAUAAAGACGGUUGGGUACACAGCGGCGAUCUCGGCUAUUACGACAAAGAUGGUGAAAUAUAUAUAUGUGAUCGCAUUAAGGAAGUGAUCAAAGUCCGAGGAUGCUUCGUGUUUCCUACCGAGAUUGAAAACAUCUUACAGAGUCAUCCAGCGGUAUACGAGGUAGCCGUAGUACGUUUGCACAGCGACAUCGACGACGAACACCCAUUGGCUUUCGUAACGAAAGUCCCCGGUAAGGAGGUGACAGCGGAUGAACUGAUUAAAUUAGUGGCGAACAAUUUGGAGGAUCACAAGCAUCUUCGUGGUGGUGUGCAGUUUUUAGACGAGCUUCCGCAUACGGAUACCGGUAAGAUCGCAAGAAAACAACUGUUAGAAUUGGCCAAACGCUUCGUGCUCGAUGACGUAUCAACAGAAUAUACCAAAUAAUUAAAAAGACGUAAAAGUAAAGAAAAGAAGCAUCUAAUAUACUUGUAAGUAAAAUUAAGAUAUCAAAAUAAAAUAUCGUUGUUUAAACUUAUAUUUUUUACAAAAAGAAUCAUAUCGCGAAAUUAGAUCAUGCGCCAAUAAUUUUUGCAAAAACAACAGUAUUGCACUAAUAUGCAUCAAUAUAAAAUAUUGCAUCAGUUAGAAGUAAAAAAGCUACGUAUUAGAAAUAAUAUUUUAUGUACAAACAUAAAAAACUUGUGAACGUGUAUCAAAUGUU